AUGGAUGAAUCAAAGCUAGAAGAUAUCUAAUAAAUGAGUAUUGGAUCAUUGGCAGGAGUGUUGAGUGAUUUAAACUAGAAUGAUGUUCCUGUCUUAAAAGAUCUACCCCUCAAAGAAUUAGAGACUUUGAUUGUGGAGUUCAGAAAUACGAAGAUGAGAUUAUACUAAGUAUUUUCAAUUUCAUAAAAAAUUAGAUUUAGAAAUAUAAGUUCAAUUUUAACUAGCCUACCUUAUCAGUCUUAGUUGAUAUCGUAAACAAGAAAUUGAGAUUGGCUUUGGAAGUCAUAGAAAAAUAAAAUAAUAUUAAUCAAUAAUUCUUAUUGGAUUAUCAUAAGUAUGAAAAAAAUAUGAUAAAUUUGAUUCAAGAUGCUCCAAAAUAAAACAAUGAUGUGAUCGAAGAAUUGGAAGACAAAGUAGUUGAUUGGUACAAAUCAGUUACAAUAAAGUUCAAUGAAAUAACUAGUCUUAAGAUUUUUAACACAAAUGAAUUAAAUGUUAUUUAUAAUGAGGACUUUUACACUAAAUUUUAAAAUUAACAAAACUUGACAUUCCUAUAGAAGGGACUAUUUAAGAAUUGUGCUCAAGCUGCCAUUGAAGAGUACAAAAAUAUGUUAAACAAAUUCAGCAUUCAACAUUCAGAAGAACUCUAAGGAAUUAUGGAUAAUCUGCAAAUUUUGGAUUAAUUCUAUAAAGCCUAGUAGCUGAUUGAAGAUAUGAUUGACUUCCUCUCUUCCAAGCUGAUGUUUGACAUAACUUAAGUUAUAAAAAACAGUCUAAUUAAUAUUGACAAGAUUACAAAUUAUUUGAAUAAGAUGAAUUAUAGGUUUUUAGUAAGACAAUAAAAUACUGAGUUCAGGUAAUAUGAAUCUAAAGAGCAAUAGACAUUAUUUUUAAAUAUGUUCCAAUAAAUUAAAUACUUUAAGUAUCCAAAAACAAUUCAGGAGCAUUAAGUCUUAGAUGAAUAAUUUAAUGAUCUUAAUAAAUAACUACAUGUCAUAAUCCAAAAGAAUAUAGAAAUGAGUGAUUAUCCAAAAGCAAUAUAAAGAAACCUCAAAAAGCUAUACGAAUACUUUUUCAAAGGGAACAGAAAGUUCAUAAAACUCAAGAUCAGAUAUAUUAAAAUAGCUUAAUAAUUUGAAGACACUUUGGACAAGUAGGAGUUACUAAACUAGAAUGUUUUGGCUGAAUUACAGACUUUAUAAGCAAAGUCAAAUACUUUACAUUGCUUUAUGACUGGUCUAUUUGAGAUGGGUGAAUUCUGUUUAAGUUGCUAUGAUUUGGCUGAGGAAGUCCACAAUUUUCUAUUUCAAGUCUAAUUGUUAAUACACCAUUAUAGUGAGACAUUGAGAGUAAUCGGAGCAUCUAAACAAACAAAUCUUGGAUAAAGGCCAAGAAUAAGAAAAAUCUUUGAGCCAUACCCAGAAGAAGAAAAGGCAGUCCUAGGGAAAAAAUAUUAAUUACUCCAAGUAAAACAAACAGGAAGCUCAAAAUAAAUAAAUUGA